UCAUACUCUACUACUAAAACUUCUCUUUUGUUGCCAAACUUCCAAACCUUCCGUCUUUCAAAACCACCAUUCCUCUCCACCACUUAUCAAGUAAUGGCGCCAUCCUCCUCUAUUGGAUUAAUCGAUGCUGCCCUCUCCAACGCCGGCCCGGAUUCCCUCUCCUACGUCCACAGUAACCUCAAGUGGCUCAUCCGUAAGAACCUUAUCUCGCUCCUCGAGGACUUCCCCACCCUCUCUCCCUCCACUGGCACCUUCACCCAUGAUGACGGUACCGCCGUCAACCUCCUCAACGCCCAUGGUUUCCUCCCCACAUCUCCCUCCAUGCAACCAAUCCUUCUCACGAUAUGGUUGCACCAGUGUUAUCCCUUCAAACCCCCUAUUGUCUACGUGAUCCCCACCCAAAAUGCCAAGAUCCUCCAUGACCACCCUUUUGUCGACUCCUCAGGGGCUACCACCUCCCCCUACCUCAAGUCAUGGCAGUACCCCAGGUCCAACCUCUCCGAUCUUGCUCAUGACCUCGUUAAGAUCUUUCACUUGUGUCCCCCUUACACUUCAAGUCUGGCCACUUCUGCUUGCACUGAUCCUUCUCUUUCCUUCAAGAUAGAGGCAAUCGGCAAACUUUUCAUGAGAAUAGACUCCGACAAGUUGCGCUUUCGAGCUCAAGUUGAGAAGGAUAUCGAGCACUUAUCAAACAUACAAGCUGCGUUGCAUGACCGAGCUAGGGUCAUUGCUUCUAUUCUACUUGACCUUGAAGAGGAGAAAGCGAGCUUGGAGCUCACUCUAGAGAAGGUGGUGGAGGAUGCUGAUGUGCUCUCAAAUUGGUUGAGAGAACAAGGUGCCAAUUCUUUACCCAUGGAUGAGUUAGAGGCAUUUGAGGCUAGCAAUGAGAAAUCAAGGCGUUGGAUGGAGAACGAGGCGGCAGAACUUGCCAUCGAUGAUGUAAUGGAUGCCCUUGGCAAAGCACUAGAGGAAGGAGCAGUGGCCUUUGAGGUCUACCUCAAGCAGGUCAGGGCUUUGGCUAGGGAACAGUACUUCCAUAGAGACUUGGUCAUGAAAAUGGAGAUGGCCAAAUACUUGUCAAAGAGAGAGGCUUGAAACGUGGGUCCUUCAAUGUACACAUGCUUGCAAACUUUGAACUUGGGCGCUUA